AUGGCUAACUCUACUUUGGAAAUUGGGGCUGUGCUUGGUUUAAACUCUUACGGCCUCAAUUUGAAUGAAGGCCACUAUUUGAGGAAAUCCUGCAUGAAGCUGAAGACGUUUCCUCGUGAUGACAAGCAUGAAGAGGCGGAGCGUCCAUAUGAUGACGAGUUGAUUGAGGCGGAGGUGAAUGGCAACUGGACGCCCCAAGAAAAGGCCUUGCAUGAGGCGAGGCUCAAGGCCAAGGCUAAGCGGCGUGUGCGCAAGUCAUCAUCCCGCAAUUCUACCAGCGAGUCGCUUUCAGAGACAGGGGACAUUACUGGUGCUGACCCUAACAGUCCGAAAGGCAAAGUUGCCUCUAAUGAUCGCAAAUCCAGAACUGGGAAAGGCAGAGGCUUGCCUAAAAAAGGCGGAGCAGGCGGUAAAGGUGUCUGGGGUGCUGCUGGGCAGGUUUAUGAGGACGAGGAACUUGAUUUGCAGGAUCCAAACUAUGACGAAUCUGCUCAGGGAGACACUGUUUAUGCAAAAGUUGUUCCGGAAGUGGACAAGAGGGACCUGGGGAAAAUGGUCAACCCAAUUGUCCAGGAGUACUUUGAACAUGGAGACACCAAAGAGGUCCAGAUGCUGCUGCAGGAGCUCAACUUGGGAUCCCACAAAUACGAGUUCUCGUCGGUGGCCGUCUCCUUGUCUCUGGAAGGCAAAGCCAGCCACCGAGAGCUCACCUCCCGCCUGCUGUCCGAUCUGUCCGUCAAGGUGCUGACCCAAAGCGACAUGGCGCGGGCCUUUGACAAGAUGCUUAAAGAGUUGCCCGACCUCAUGCUAGACACUCCCGAGGCUCCUCAGAUGUUAGGCCAGUUUAUAGCCAGAGCCAUAGCGGAUCACGUCCUUCCAAUGUCUUUUCUGGACUGUUACAAAGGCAAAGUUGACUGUGACCAUGCCAGAGUGGCUUUGGACCGUGCUGCUGUACUGCUCUCCAUAAAAGGAGCAAUGGUGCGUCUGGAUAAUGUGUGGGGCGUGGGCGGUGGCCUCAGACCUGUCAAGCAUCUCAUCAAAGAGAUGAACCUUCUGCUAAAAGAAUACCUGACCUCCGGAGAUGUGCUGGAGGCUGAGCGUUGCCUGCGUGAACUUGAAGUUCCCCACUUCCAUCAUGAGCUUGUCUACGAGGCGAUUAUAAUGGUGCUGGAGUCCAAAGGGGAUGCAGCCAGCCCCAUGAUCAUCAAGCUGCUGGAGUCCCUUUGGAAGACGGGCCACCUUACCGUGGAUCAGAUGAACAGAGGCUUCCAGCGGGUCUACGAUGAGCUCCCCGAAAUAAACCUUGACGUGCCGCAUGCCCACACGAUCAUGGAGACCUUUGUGGACCUCUGCUACCAGCAAUCUGUCAUCUCCAAGCAGCUAAGAGAUGCAUGCCCCUCCAGAGGGCGCAAGCGCAUGGUAAGCGAAGGUGACGGCGGCAAGAUAAAAAAUUGA